GCGCUGCUCCUCUCUCAAGCGCGUUCAUGUCAAUAGAACGACGCUGGUGGCUGCACUACCGUCUUCGUCGCCGCUAUUCGGCAUAAUGGAGACAAAAAUCAACGGAAUACACCCGUCAGGGAGUCAACCACCAGUUAAUGGACACACUGACGCACAUCUAAUAAACGAUAUUCUUCCGCAAGGGAUUGAUGGUGAACCAAGCUUGGAAGAGAUCGAGAGGGAGCUACCUGUGGUACAUGAUGGACAAAUACCUCUACGCGAACUGCUGCAGCGCAUGGUGCAGACAAUCUAUGCCGAAUUGACCGAAAUGGCUGAAACGUUACCAGGGAUGUCUGAUGCAGCCCGAAAGCGAAAUAUUGCAGACUGGGUUGUCAAGACUAAGAAGCAGGUCGUGAAGCUAUACGCCGUCAUGCGCUGGUCGAGAGAUGCAGGGGACGUACAGAAGGCUAUGAAUAUUACUGCGUUCUUGCUCGAACAGAACAGACAGUUCGAGGAGUCUCACCAGGCCGUUAGAAACGUAAAGGAAAGCCUCGCACCAGCAAGACUUCGAAAUCACGACCUACUUACGUCUUUGGAUGUCCUAACUACGGGCUCAUACCUGCGAUUGCCCUCCCAAAUAAAGAAAUUCUUCAUUACUCCCCCACCUCUUUCCAAUAAUGAAGCGAGGAAAACACUAGCCGAUAUGGAAGAGCGGAUUCGCUUCCGAUUGCGAUUGAGCGAGAUCAUUCCGAUUGAAAUGUCACAAUUUAGAAUUGAGGACGGCCGAGCCCAUUUCAUUGUUCCUAACUUAUUCGAAACUUCACUUAGUCUAAGAGGAGCCAAGAAAGACGAUGGAUGGUUCUUUGUACAUGUAGAAUUCCUUUAUACAGUUGGUGGUGAUCUUACGGAUGUGCAAGAUUUUCCACGGCGGCCAACUGGCGACCUAAAACGACAUAUUGCAGAAGAAGCAGAUGGUCGACUAGCCUACUACCUGCCGUUACCAGUAGACCCGAAUGUCCCUCCCGAAUUGCAACCUCCUCUUCGGCCAGAAUUGCCUGCCGGAACUGUUGACACUCCUCUUGUUAGACUAUUUAAUUUCUUACAAAUGAUGUCUUUAUCGUAUCAGCUCGAGAUAUUAUUUUUUCAGGCCCAACGGUUACGAGCAUUAGGAUGGCGAGAUUACAUGUCAUUAGAAAGGAGUAGGGACGGCAAGAGUUUCACGGCUUCCUACUGGGUUCGUACUCAAACCGACAACUCCGCUCGACCUGGUUUCCAGCAACGAAUGCGAAUACCACCUAUAGGUGGUAGCGUGACAGUUUCUCUGGUCGAGACUCAUAUUUCUCCUCGAGCCGGCGGUGGUCCUGAUAGAUCACCGAAAGAGCGUAUCUUAGCUAAGCUUCAGCUCGACGGAAAAUUACGUGGUUCCCGUCCUUCUGACGAAGUAGAAACAUUCCGUGUUGUUGUAAAAUGGGAACCAACGAAAGGCGCCCUGGGUGCGCAGAUGCCGCCUCACCUAGAGACACUUAUUCCAGAGGAGCUGGAGGUGAACCCGCAAGAUCUAAACUUCGAAGCAUUAUUACGAAAAGCGAUCACGAAGCAUGCCUACGCGAUCCUCACUGCUUAUCAAUACCAUUUAGAGAAUGGACCAUCUGCUACCAUGUUCUCUUUCCCAGGAGAGCUUUCUCUGACUGUCGAAGGCAAGUCGACUCGGCAUUUGAGUCAUCAUUUUUUUAAACUGACGGCUCACACAGAUGGGUUUUCGGCACUUCGGAUGCACCUCUGUGCGGACGAGUAUAUCACAGUUUCAAUUGACACACGGACAGGUCGUAUACUAUUGCGAGACACGGGCGGAUUGGCAGCAGCUGAACGAGCACCACAAUACGUAGUGUUCACAGAGAAGAUUAACGAAAACCCGCUGCUUGUAUAUGACUUCCUCGUUCAAGCUCGUUUCAGAACUAUCUUGGAUCUCGCCGAGCAGAAAGCACGAUAUAUGGGGCUUCAGACAUUCCGAAGUCGCAAUCUUCCGAAAGAGGAGCUCGAAAAACUUGGGCGAGAAGCUCGCUCAAUGCUAUUCGUACAGCUUGCAAAUUUCCAAGGAUACUAUCUGGUCUUACUAGUGACUGAGGUCGAGUUUCGCUUUGCGUUGAUUUCUGUGCAGCAAAAGCAGAAUAGUCCGACUUCGGAUUUGGUUCUGCAAGAUAUCGGUUGGCUCGAUGUUCAGCGAAUACACGGGAGUGACGCUGUUGUGAGGGAGCAGUUUGGUCAACUAGGUUCGGGGAGUCAUGAACCGCCUAAGGUUACUGGAACGAGUUCUUUGGGUGGAUUUGGCCCGUUCGAUAUUACCUUAGGAUUUGAUCGGUUCAAGCUGGAGACGGAGGUCCUUCGGGAACUUUAUUCCUACUGCUGCGCCCGAGUUGCAUAUACGAAAGUGGAGCUGCAAUUGAAGAGACGCGGAAUACCCUGCACCUACAUGGACACCGCUCCUUCAGCCACCACGCAUCCGGACCUUGCUCACCUACAAUCUUCACUAGUAAGAUCCGUCCCCGGACUAUGCGUCCAAUCAUCCGAUAUUCUAGCGGGCGUCCCCGCUGCGGAAGCCGCAAUGCCCAACAUCCGCGUUAUUCCUCUUAACUGGUGGUCAAAUAAGAAAUCGCAAGUGGUGACGUGUGUUAAGCUGAAGUAUGUUCAACAGCCGGUUGGCAAGCGUGCUGGAACAAGUACGGUCAUACGCCCGUCGAAACGAAUCAUUUACGAUGCGCGAGAAGCUAUCGUGUCUUUCUUGUCCGAAACUGUCGACACUUGUGUCGAUGAGUUCCUUGAGGAGUGGGCGAAAGUCUCAAAGAUGGUGGUGAUUGCUAGAGAGGUUGCGCAGAUGUCGAAACGACAGUCAUGGGAAGAUGUGCGACUUCUGUCAUUUGAUCUGCAGACUGUCGAGUUCGCGUAUGCGAAGGAUUACACAGUAUCAAUUUCGUGCACGGAUCAACUCAUGUUGAGCAACGAUACCACGUAUGAACUAUUCUUCUCGCGAAUACGCAAGCUUGGACGUAGUUCAAUGCUCGCUGUCCCAUUUGAUCCUCUCCGUGUGUCGGAUGAAGACGAGCUAUAUAAUCCUCACGAAGACGCACAACCCUUCCUACAGCACAUCCUCCGACAAGGCCCGUCACUAUCAGCAUCAUUACACCAACUAGUUGGGUUAUUGAGAGAUAGUCUGCCGUUAGUCUGCGUAGUGGACACGCUGAGGAGGAGCGUGGAAGUUGUGGAGGAUAGGCGAGUUGGCGUUGAGGUGAUUACGAAAUCUGUGGGAUGGUAUCGGGUCAUGUACGGUGAUUUUAGGCACGCCUUGGACUUCCGAUUAAUGACCGGUCGGCGCGUUGUAAUUCUCGAUGCUAGUCUAUCCGCUCGCACUACUUGUCAGGCAACGCAAGGGCGCGGGAAGCAAAUUUCCUCAAUCGUUGCGAAAUCCCGGCUCGGCAAAGAAGCCGACAAGGAAAAGUCAACAACAGGCACACCCUCCUCUCCGAACAAAUCUCCUUCGAGAACACAGACCGGUGUCUUACUCCCUAUCCCCGGAUUCGAUCAGCUCAUCCAGGAUGCCAUCCGCGAAUCCAUAAAUAACAAUUCAUCACGAUCUCCGUCUUCAAUAUCAACAUCAACAUUACCAACGAAUCAGUCAUCGCGUAUUCACCUUUCGAAGAAGAUGAACGCUGUUCAUCUAGACAGUGGUGUCAUGUGUAACGUCGACGCUGUGGAAUCUCUCGCACCUCGGAUACACUCGAGAGUGUUGAAGAGCUUGGCAUCAUCGGCACCGGCGCCGCCACCGGCACCAUAA